CAGUGUCAGACUGACUUUUGCUCCAGUUUAAGUUUUAGGAUUUAUUCAUAUUAUUUGAAAAAAUACAAAUUAUAAACACAGUGAGGCUGUAAACAUGACUAGACACGUGCACGUAUAGUUUCAGAAGACAAAAAUCCACAGUCAAUUUGUGUGAAAUAGGAUGAGUACUGAGUUUGGGGAAACUUUGCAAUUGCUCCAAGAGAUGAAUAGGGGAACUCCUACACUAGGCAUUGAUACUACAAGUGAUGGAAGUCACCAGUCAGAGUUUCAUUCCGUACAGAAUGAAGAGGCUGAAACUACUGCCGCAUCAGUGGAACCAUCUGAUGCACCCCAAAAGUAUGUCAUAUUAAUAUCAUUCCUAUUCUGAACUGUAGUAGUUAGAACUACUUAUAUGUUACUACAUGAUCGGUAUUUACUGUGAUCUGUAAAUGUUUAUUAUAGGUAAAAAUCUACUGAUGCUGACAGUUCCAUCAUCAAAGACUGAUAGUAUUGGCUAUGGCACAGAUUACAUACAGGGGCAACAGCUCCUUUUGAUCUUAUGCUAUCAUCACUUAUUCAAUCACUAUCACAAACAACAGCUCCAGAAUAAACUGCAACAUUUCUUAUUGCAUGAUGUACUUUAUCAAAAAUUAUAUUGUUUGAAUUUGUGAUAAUGAUAGUGACAGAAAUUGUACCAAAUGCAUGUACCUGAUGGCAUCAAACUAGGACAGUGCAAAGUACCAUCUAUGUUAAAUUGCGUUGUUAGUAAUUGUGACCACAAGUCAGCCUUGGUUUUCAUCUUUUACAGUACCUGUCUGGUUUUCAUCUUUUACAGUACCUGUUGUCAUUUAAAAAAAGGGUUUUCUUAAAGCUAACUUUAUUAGGUUUAUCAAAGCAAUGGAAGACACUGAUAAGACAAUGAUAUUCUAGCCCACAAUGCAACCUGGAAGAUGAUAACAAUGUUACAGCAGAUGUAUCAAUUGCAUUAGAAUUAAACUGGGGCCCAGACAUGAAUGAUGAUGAUAUUGUAACUGAUGACCAUUCCCCCGAGGAAGGCUACAAAUUCAAAUGUACAUACUGCAAUUUUCGUACAAAAUGGAAAUCACAUCUAAAAAGACAUUCCUUGGCACAUAGCGAUGUUCGUAAUUACAAAUGUACAUAUUGUGAUCAUGCCAGUAAAGAUAAAGUAAGCUUUAAACGACAUUUGGUCACUCAUAAAUCGCCAGCUGAAUUAGUAAUGCACAGGUGUCCAGAGUGCAAUUAUGAAACCAAAUGGAAACACAUAAUGAAAGACCACAUGCUAAACCAUGUACAAUUAUCUGAAUUUGAAACAUUCGCUUGUCCCUUGUGCAAGGUCCAUUUUCAACAAAUAUCUGAUCUCAAAAAACAUCUACUGGUACACCAGGAAAAUAACACAACGGAUAUAUACCCAUGCUAUUUUUGCCCUUAUAAGAGUAUUAGGAAAAACACUGUGAACAGGCAUAUCAUGGGAAGGCAUAGAGAUUUGUGUAGAAUUAUAAAAAAUCCGGAUGAUGAGUUGACUGUUAUCCAGGAUGAGGAACCAGUAGAGGCAGAAAAAGAGGUUGAUGUUCCUUCAGAAGAAGAAAAUUCAGAGAGUGAAGAUGAUGCCGAACCGGUGAAAAAGCUAAAAUGCGACUAUUGCGAAUUUCGAACCAACUGGAAAAAUUACCUGCGACGACACGAAUUAGUCCACAAUGUUACUCACGAGCAUAAAUGCCCAAAUUGCGACCAUUCAACCAAGGACAGGUUCAGUCUGAAAAGGCACAUGAUGCUGAUGCACGAAGUAGAUUCAGAGAUCACCAUGCACUUCUGUCAGUAUUGCAGUUUCGUCACAAAGUGGAAACAUGCUUUGAAGAGCCACCAAUUGGUGCAUGCUGAUCGGAGCAGUUUGACGUUGUUCAAGUGUCCUGUGUGCGACUUUGGGUUCAAGAGGAAAGCUGAUCUUGGCAGACAUGUGUUGAGACAUGAAAGUGAUAAUGCAAAGUCCAAGAACAAAGGAAGAACUAAAGCUGGUAAGAAGGUAAAAAAAGUCAAUAAAGAUGAUUCCAAAGUUAGUAAGAAGAAAUCCCAAGCAGACAAGAAAAAAUCCAAAGCUGUCAAGAACAAAACUAAAAGUGACGAGAGGAGAUGCGGUGUUAGCACUAGAAGCUCCAAAGUUCAUAAGAAUUCCACUGUUGAAGAUGGGAAUAGCUGAGACACGUGGAAUUGGUAUAUUGCACUUCUUUUGAAAAUAGUUUUAGGGAAAAGGCAUGCCCAUUUUAGUAGUAUUUUGAUUUAUUGUUAGAAAUAUAAUUAUUUUGAGCGGUCUCAUUGACAGGUAAUUGUGGAUCAGGUUGAUUUUUCUGCGAAAAUGAUACUGUAAUCUGUUUGAAAUAAAUGCACUUUACAUGCACAUUUGAUUAAUAAUUAAUAUUUGAUCUUGUUAUAUUAUGCGAGGUUCAUAAUAGAUAUGUUUACUGAAAGUUUAGCUUAUUGUACAUCAUUGGACGUCAUUUGAGGCUUAUUUUUUACUGUAUU